AUGGAUGAUACUCUGAAGAAACACUCGAUCGAGCAUUUUGAACUCGCGCCUGCCUCUGACACAUCGCCUCCUCUCAUUGACCCAAUAGCCGAAAAGAGGUUACUUCGGAAAGUGGACUUGAGGAUUUUACCUCCAUUGACUGUGUUGUUUCUUCUGGCCUUUUUGGACCGCACGAAUAUUGGUAAUGCAAAGAUUCAGGGUAUGACUGAUGAGUUGAAGAUGGGCGGGCAUGAUUAUAACAUUGCUUUGUUUGUGUUCUUUAUUCCUUAUAUACUUUUUGAGUUGCCGAGUAAUAUUAUACUUAAAAAGAUUUCGCCGUCGUUGUGGUUGAGCUGUAUUAUGGUACUCUGGGGUAUUGCGACUAUCGGACAGGGCCUGGUGACCACUUUUGAAGGUCUUGUGGCUAUGAGAGUUUUGGUUGGUAUCUUUGAAGCUGGACUAUUUCCUGGCUGUGUAUAUCUGAUCAGCAUGUACUACCAACGCUACGAACUACAGUGGCGACUCUCCCUGUUCUUCUCUGCCAGUAUCCUUGCUGGUGGCUUCGGUGGUCUUCUCGCCUUCGCCCUGGCAAAGAUGGACGGUAUUGGUGGCUACUCUGGAUGGCGAUGGAUCUUCAUCAUCGAAGGCAUCUUGACCGUUGUUGUCGGUGUCAUUGCCAGAUUCUGGGUGUGCGAUUGGCCUGAAACAGCAAAGUUCUUGACAGAGGAAGAACGCGUCCUCUUGACCUCACGUUUGCAAGUCGACUCUGGAGAAGCAGUGAUGAAUCGACUGGAUAAAGCAGCGACCCGCCGCAUCUUUACCGACUGGAAGAUCUACACCGGCGUAGUCAUGUACAUGGGUAUCGUAAACACGGGCUACGCAGGUUCCUUCUUUGUGCCCACGAUCAUCCGCGAAAUGGGCUAUACAUCCUCAGCCGCCCAAGUGCGCUCAAUCCCCAUCUUUGUCGUUGCAGCCAUAACCUCCAUCGCGGCCGCCUGGUUGACAGACCGUCUUCGCCACCGUUUUGCGUUCUGCAUCUUUGGCCUCGUGGUUGCUAGUAUCGGGUACGCUAUGUUGCUCGCACAAGAAGGCUUGAGCGUGGGAGUCAAGUACUUUGCCCUCUUCCUCGUUGUACCCGGAGGCUACAUUACUCAACCCAUAGUAUUGGCCUGGGUGCAAAACUGCAUGUCUGGCCACUACAAGCGGUCCGUCUCCGCGGCCAUGACCGUAGGUUUUGGAAAUUUAGGCGGAAUCGUCGCCAGUAACGUCUUCUUUUCAGAUGAAGCUCCUUUUUAUAAAACUGGAUAUGGUGUCUCUCUGGGCUUCCUUUGGAUCUGUGGACUGGGCUGUGUGGGAUUGUUUAUAGGUGUUUUAUUGGAGAAUAGGAAGAGAGAUAGAGGAGAGAGGGAUUGGAGGUUGAGUGGUGAGGAUGUUGAUAAUCUUGGGGAUGAUCAUCCGAGUUUUAGAUUCACGACAUAG